AUGGAUACUUCACAGGCGUCACUCUGUGAAUACGGUGUGCGCACAUUUUGGGAAAUUAUACAAGGUUAUCACGGAUUUUCAGCCUACUGUCCUUAUCUCAUAACAUGUUAUGAUUACUCAGAUGAUCCGACUGUUCCAGAUUUUGCAGUGGGUUCCGACCACACUAAAGAAGCUGACAUCUGCGAAUACGACUCGAAGUAUCUCAAGACAAUUUCGCCUCCAUGGAACAUGUUGUCGGUCGAAAUGCAGCACUUGAUCCGCAAAGAACUUCUGUUGAUAUUUUUUGAAAACACAGCCGCGGAAAUGCGACGCUUGUACGAAUACAAUGUCGUAUGGGGAUCUUUUUGUGACAUAGACCUGCCGCCUGUCAAGCUUCCCCCACUUGUCAAUAUCAAGCCAGAAAAUAUCACACACUUUUUAAAUAAGGAGGUGAUGUUAUAUAUCGACGCAGAUAAGAUUGGGUACGGUGGCUACAAAAUUGCUGGCACAUUCAUGUUUCGCGAAUGGCUUCGUCUUCAUGAAGGACGUCCUACAUUUCAAAGAGAAAGCUUUGUCGCCGCGCCCAUGAAUCUUGAUCAGAGUUUCAAGUCACUGAAAAAGCUUUCGAAAUUCCACAGCGAUCUCUAUUAUACGAUGCUUCCACAUCUUGAUGACCUUGUGGACUUUUAUCUGAAGAAUCAGAAAUCCGACACCAUACCGCCACCUCAUUUCCAGCCUAUACCCAGCAGGCGAAUUCAGCCGCUUUACGACUACGGUUACACGUUACGUCCUCUUUUUCGUGAGCUAUAUAUGAUAAUUGACGAUCAGGCUAUGGAGGAGAUCCCUCCUUUAUGUCGUCCAGCACGGCAUUAG